UUGAAACUCUCAUAUCUCACAUAUCAAUAAUUCAAGCGCGCGAGAGAGAGAGCACAGACGGAGCUCCCCCGCGCGCUAUGAGUUCUGCUGCCUCGUCACUCGUCCAGGGCCCCUCCGCACAGCGCGCGACUCCUGCUUAUUGUGUUUCCAAGUGACAGCAAAGCUGCUGAGAAGUGAGGAGAGAAGAAAAGAAGAGGUGAAAACUGGAGACUCCACUGGAGAUGCAGGGACAGUAAACUGAUUUCAGAAAAAAGGAGAGGUGCCUCAAAAUAAACCGUGUGGUUUUCCCUCCAAGAGACUCCGCGAGGGAGAAACAGUGCGCAGUGGCAAAUUCAAUCCUAGAAGACGGAGAGUGGCAUCUAGUUGUAAACAAGCUUCAUUAAGGUUCAUCUGGGGGAACACUGGGAAACUCUUUCACCUUACUUUCUCAAGGGGAAUAGACCCGCGGCGGACGGUGUGAAGACGAGCGAAGAAGUUCAUCGUUCGGUCCGGUAUGUUGGCGUUUUGCCUCCUGGGUGCCGUGUGGCUUGCGGUGAGCCCGGCUCGCGCUCAGAACGAGACGGAACCAAUCAUCCUGGAGGGGAAGUGCCUCGUGGUGUGCGACUCCAACCCGGCCGCGGACCCCACAGGGACCGCACUCGGGAUCUCGGUGCGCUCCGGCAGCGCCAAAGUGGCGUUCUCCGCAGUCCGGAACACCAACCAUGAACCCUCCGAGAUGAGCAACCGGACCAUGGUCAUCUACUUCGACCGGGUUCUAGUAAACGUUGGGAAGAAUUUUGACGAAGAGAGAAGUAAUUUCAUCUCACCGCGCAAAGGGAUUUACAGUUUUAACUUCCACGUAGUGAAAGUCUACAAUCGCCAAACUAUACAGGUGAGCCUGAUGCACAACGGGUGGCCGGUGAUUUCAGCGUUUGCCGGCGACCAGGAUGUGACGCGCGAGGCGGCCAGCAAUGGGGUUCUGAUCCAGAUGGAGAAGGGAGACCGGGCCUACCUCAAACUGGAGAGAGGAAACCUAAUGGGAGGAUGGAAAUACUCCACCUUCUCCGGCUUCCUGGUGUUCCCCGUGUAGAGGGAGAGGAAGAGGAGGAGGAGCAGGAGGAGGAGGAGGAGCAGGGGGUGGAAACGAACGAGGAGGACCUGGGGAAUGGCGAAGGAAAAGGCAGAUGGAGGAAGAAGAGGGGCGUUGGAAAGAGCAAAGGACGUGAAUAAGAUGGUGGAAAAGAGAAGCGGGGAUGUGACAACAGACUCUGUUUGGGACGCUGCAUAGGGAGGAGGGAGAUGUUAGAGAUGUAUGACACAGAGCGAUUAUACUUCGGUAAAAGAGAGAGGAAUUAUGAAGCCAGUACAUGAAGGUGUAUGGCCAGCUUCUUCACUUCCCUUCCUCCUUGUAUCCAUCCUUUUCAUCCAUCUGUUCCUCCCUCUGUUUUCUUCGUGGCUUGACUGCAGCUUUGGACAGCCAAAACCUUUUUUAUUCUCUGCUGAAAGAAGCAAGUGAUCAUUUAUAUGUUCCAGCGUGUACUGAAGCCCGAGUGUACCCCCCCUUCUUUCUCCACAUUCAUUCAAUCAUUCAUUCAUCGAUCUCCAUCAACAUAAGCUUUGAAGAAUGUUUCUUGAAUAACUGCUCCCCCCAUAUCCCAUUUACUGUGGAUAUUUGAAGUCAUUUGAUUACAUACAUUGCACUGACUUCAGGUCAGACUCUAGCCCUAAAGCCAAACUCUAACUUCCAUAGGAGGAACAGUACAAUGGCACUCAAACACCUUUGCCAAGGCCAAUGGUGCAUUCAUGUGCUACUUGGAUGGUCCAAUUUCCUGGUUGGGAAGUCGCUCUUCAAAGACAACAUUCGGAAUAUUGGAGAACAAUUAUAAAGUAGACAUUUCACAAAACACGGAUUUAAGUUAACUGUAACAUUUAGAAGUUAUAAACACUCUCUAUCAAUCUUUUCAAUACUGAUUUGUGACUCUGGUGACUCUAUCUAAUGAACCUUAAUGUGGUAUUGAUACAAGUCACACAGAAAGCAUUGCUACAUGCUACGUUACCUCCUUCUGUGUGUUUUUCAUCUCUGGCAGCCACACAAACAUUUAAAUCCGCCUCCAUCCUUUCCUACCGUGCUUUUAUCCCGAGCUCCAUCUCCCUCCUUCACUGCUGCUGUUUCUUUCAGAUUCGUACCUCUCCCUCUCCAGGAUCCUCGUCUCCUUUUCGACUAUGCCGUUUACCCACAAGUGCAGAUUUCUCUCUUUCUUUUUUGUAUACCUCUGUUAUCCCCUCACUCCCCCCCUCUCUUCCUUUCUGUCCUCCCCUCUCCUCCCUUGUGUCUGUCCUUUAUCUGCUGCUCUACUCGUUUGCCUCCCAGCACGGAUCCUUCCUUGCUAUUCUUCAAUGUUGGACUUUGGACACUGAAACCAACUUACAACCACGAACUCUAUAAUAUAUAGUUUAUAUAUAUAUAUAUAUAUAUAUAUACACAUAUGUAUAAAUAUAUAUGCAUAUAUAUAUAUACAUUUA